AUGAGCUCGUUCCCGGAGGUGGUGGAGCUGAACGUGGGCGGUACACCGUACGCCGUCAGCCUCAAGACACUGGCCGCCGAGGAAGGUUCCUGGCUGGCGGACACGUUCGGUGCUGGCAGCCCACCGUCCGAUCUGCCCGUCGACGCACAGGGUCGCUUCUUUGUCGAUCGGGACGGUGCCCUGUUCCGUCACGUGCUCGACUAUCUGCGCGAUCCGGUCCGAUACACGCUGCCGGUCGGGUUUCUCGACCGUGAUCGACUCCGGCGGGAGGCGGAAUUUUUCCGCCUGGCCGGUUUGGUGGAGCUGCUGGCGAAGCAGGUACCGGGCUGCAUUACCGUCGGCUACCGGGGCAGCUUCCAGUUUGGGCGCGACGGGCUGGCGGACGUGAAGUUUCGCAAGAUCACCCGGCUGCUGGUGCACGGUCGGGUCGCACUGUGCCGGGAGGUGUUUGGCGAUACGCUGAACGAAUCGCGCGAUCCGGACCAUGGUGCGUCGGAUCGCUACACGGCCCGAUUCUUCCUGAAGCAUGUGUUCAUCGAGCAGGCGUUUGAUAUGCUGCAGGAGCAGGGCUUCCGGCUGGUCGGUAGCUGCGGCUCGGGUACGGCUGGUUCGGUGUCGGAAAACCUGAAGCCGGGCGUCGACACGGAGGAGAACCGCUGGAACCAUUACAACGAGUUUGUCUUCGUGCGCGACUAAACCAUCGGCACACAACGGC